GUCAAUGUUUGUUGAGAGCCUACACGGACGUUUGUCUGUGUGUAUGGCCGCGGGCGGUCGCUCGUAAACCCCAUCGCUGUUUCCGACCAGAGUUUUAGAAGUCACGAUCGUGGCCUCACGUUGUUAUCCACACACGUGUUGCGUACAGUUACGUAAAUUCAGUUCGCGUUAAUUCAUGGUUACCUCGUGUCCCGGCAAUGUUAAUGUCAUGGACGACGCAGGCCGUAGCGACAAUGGCGCCGUUCGCACGCCGCACGAAUAAAAUGCUGAAAUAUUUAAUAUUCGUCUAUUUGCUGAUGCAAGUGAACACAUCCCCCGGCAACGUCACCAACCGGGAGGCGAACGAUGACAUGGAACUGUUGAUGGUUUAUUUUGUGAACAGACAUGGCGAGAGAGCUCCCGAUGAUGUGGAGCUUUCUCUUUCUGAUCAGCAGGAAGAACUGAAGAGCCUCACUCACGUAGAAGGUCCUGAAGGCUUGACCAACGUCGGUAAAAGAAGGGCAUACCAAAUUGGCAAGUUCAUCCGUCAGCGCUACGGAUCCGAGGGUUCGAAAAUCUUAUCCAAAGUCUACCUGAAGGAUGAGAUUCUCGUUAGAAGCACAGAUAAGGAUCGGACGAAGAUGACGGCGCUAGUAGCCAUGUCUGCUGCCUACCCCCCGGAACCAGUUCAGCAAUGGGAUGAGUCACUGGGAAAGAUCUGGCAGCCAGUCCCUUACUACUCUGUUCCACUAAACGAGGAUUAUCUUCGCUACUUCUCCAACUGCGACAGGUUUGUGGAGCUGAUGAGGAACGCCAAGGACGAAUCCAUUCGGCAAGAAUUCGCACCGUACCUGGACGUCAUGCAGUUGCUCUCGAGGAGAACCGGCCAGAAUUUUGUUGAGAACCCGCUGCUUCUGCAAGCCCUGUUCGACUUAUUCAGGAGCUCGUUGGCCCUUGGUUUGAACAUACCGGAGUGGGCAAAGCCCUUUCUGGAGAGCUUAAGCGAAGGAGCCAGGCUCGCCUACAAGUUGUACUUCAGAACUAAUGAAAUGAAAAAAAUUGCUGGAGGGGUCCUACUCAACAAGUUCACAGAACAGGCCCUGAUCGCGGCAUCAGGUAAAGAGAUCAAGCCCCGUCUCCACGUAUUCUCCUCGCACGACUUCAACUUGGGCGCGUUCAUGGAGGUGUCCAGGGUCCGCAGCAACCACGGCAUCCCGGAGUACGGCGCUGCUUUCGCAUUAGAACUGUACCGGUCGAAGGUCACAGGAGAACUUAGCGUCUUGCCGGUGUACCUUCCGCAAGCAGGAGACUCCACGCCCCAGGUGUUGCAGGUCAACGGCUGCGACGCAAACCCCUGCGGCCUGACAAAGUUCAUGGAAUUGACUAAAGAUUUCCUACUACCCGAACAUGAAUAUUACAGAAUAUGUAACAUUAAGACAGAGUUAUAACAGACACUAAGACGUAGUUAAUUAGAACUUAAUAAAAACAAUUAAAAAAUAAUUCGUGGGAUAAAAGGCUAUUUGGUUUUAGCGACAUUUUUGCUAUUUUACAGAAGAGCCAUUUAAAGUUUAAAAUUUGGAAAAAAAUAUCUUAACAAAAAUACUUCUUAAGUUAUUUGAUUGGAGUAAACUUAAUUGAAGUUCAAUUAAAAACAUCGAACUGUUGAUGCUAAUACUAAAUAAAACGCACCUUUAGUUACAGAGAUAAAUGUCGCGUAUUAAGCGAUAUACUGGUGGUAGGACCUCUUGUGAGUCCGCGCGGGUAGGUACCACCGCCCUUUCUGUUUCUGCCGUGAAGCAGUAAUGCGUUUCGGUUUGAAGGGUGGGGCAGCCGUUGUAACCAUACUGAGAUCUUAGAACUUAUAUCUCAAGAUGGGUGGCGCAUUUACGUUGUAGAUGUCCAUGCGCUCCAGUAACCACUUAACAUCAGGUGGGCUGUGAGCUCGUCCGACCAUCUAAGCAAUAAAUAAAAAAAAUGUUGCUUAAGCCGCCUUUAACCCCUCGACAUAUUAUUAUGUAUAUACAGGGUAUAGAGUAUUUUCUUUUGAAUUCCGUGAGUCAUAGACGUAAAUAAUUUAUUGUCAUUAUAUUAUUUUCGUCAUCCGUGACCACUGUAACCAUAUAGUACCUAUAGGAAACGUUUGAAAUAAUAUAAAGAAAAUAAUAAAAGUGCCAAACAGUAAAA